AUGCAUUGUCUACACGGAUUGGCUUUUCUGGCCUUCUUCGGCUGCAUGUGUACAGUAGAAGCGUUCCGAGUGCAAGGAGUUGCGGCAAAAGGACGGCUGAAGUGCAAUGGCCGUCCAUUGGUCGACGCGUUGGUUUCGAUUUACGACAAGGACCGAUGUAAGUGCACCUCUGUCUUAAUUUUCUUUAUGUCUGGUUUUUGCGCCCAAUAGGGCAAAACUAAAAGUUACUAUCCCCAAAAAAGUUGCGUUUUGAUAUGUUUUGGUCACAAAAUUAGAUGUAAAAACAGUGGGAAAUUCCCCAGUAGUCAGAUUGUCAUAUCAACAAGCCUCUCCCUACUGCUUUUCCCUAACCUCCUUAUCAGGAUUUUCGGGAUUGUAAACAGACCGUGACCUUUAUCAAUUUGCAGUCCCCUUUGACAGCGACGAGCUGCUCGACCAGGAAUUGACAGACGAGAUCGGCGCCUUCUUCCUGGACGGUACAACCCGCGAGCUGACAAACAUCGAGCCCGAACUGCGGAUCGUCCACAACUGCACAAAUGGCGGAGAGCCGGUGAGUUGAGGGGGUAAACAUUUGGGGUAGACUACAUUUGAGGAGGCAAUGGGAAGAAACGGUAGAUAAUUCUAUGGGAAAAAUGGCUGAUGCUUUGUAAAAAAGGAGGUAAACAAUUUUGUUGGAACGCAUAGUCAUCUCUGCAAAAAUUUACUUCCGUUUUGCAAGCACAGUUGAGAGAGUCAACAGUUAUUAAUCUGCCGGGAAAAUAAUGAGGUCAAUGUUGCUGAGCCGGUCUUGUCGCUGAAGUGAAAAGAUGUUCAAUUUUGCCGCGGUACAAUUCAUUUUUCUAUGCGAUUUUUGAUGCGACAGAAUGCCCAUUAUUUUCUCGACAGAUAAUUACGGAUGUUUUGCAUCCAUAUUAAAUAUAUAUUUCAUUCUAUUCGAAAAUAUAUCAUCAAUUUCUUUUAGUCAAACUUUGCCAUUUGGAUGACUAUCCCGCUGGCUUUUUCUUCCUUAAAUUCCAAUGUCCUAGGGCUCAAAACAACACCAGUUUUCAGAUCACAAUCUUCCACACAUUUACAGCUCUAACGCAUCCGCCUUUUCAGCAUUGCCGCCGCUACCUCGUCGUCCCAAUCGACUCAUAUUUCAUUCACAGCGGAGACGCCGAAGUGGUCUAUGAUUUCGGCGUUCAGGACCUCUCCAUCAACGGUGGGGAGAUGAGAUGCCGGAGUCAUGGACUGAAGUAG